UUUAAUAGUGGAUGAAACUUAUGUUUGAGAUACUUAGUCCUCAAAGUGCUAUGAAAGCAUUGGGCCUCCUCCAAAAUAAAUAAAUAAUAAUAAUAGGUAACAUGUAGUUGUUUUAAGGAGGCUGUCCCACCACUUCCUCCUUCAGAAUGCCACACUUAUGUGUGUGUGUGUGAUGCUUACAGCCUUUGCAGGCUCAGGGAUCUUUGUGAGUCCCCUCAGACUGAGAACAGCUGAUGUGUGUAUUUAGAGGGCUAAUAGUGACAUCUCAGUCUGACCAUGUGCUGUCAGGCUGACAGACAGUCUCAACGAUGAUGUGUUGCUCUAUGAAAUGGAGUGGUUACCAUAGUAACUCUCUUGAAGAGUAGUCCAGCCCAUAAUAUCAGGACGGAGAGUAAUGGUCCUCCUUAAUGCGCUCAUAAAACUUCACCACAUUUUAGAAGGCCAGAUGAAGUCAUUCUGCUCUUGACAGUUUUUUCAGGCUUUUUUGUUUUUUGUACUGUGGGUAAAGCCUGAAAGGACAAAUAUUCCUGCUUCUUCUUUUUUUUUUUUUUUUACCUUUUUAUAUAGAAUAGUGACAUGUUAAAAACAUGUUUAAAACGUUAAAUUAAACACCUCAAAUGCUUUAGCUCGAGAUUAAGUUUUUUUUUUUAAUGCAAUAAACGUUCAAAUGCUCUUUGCGCUGGGAGUUCCCGUAGACCGUUGCGCAACAUCCUUCAUUUGGCCGCGCGCGUCGAGUGAACACUACAGGAGCGUCGCGCGCUUACCGCGGAUUUGAUCAGCAGCUGAUGUGUAGAGGGUGAACACAAACGGGGGUGUGGUUUAGAUCAAUAACUACCUCAGUUUACAGUAAAAUCCAAAAUACUGCAAAGCGCUCCGAGGGCAGAGAGGUGGCGUCGAUCAGAUCAGGAGCACAGAAUCGCUUCUGUGGAAUAUAUUUCGUUUCAUCCGCUUCAUUGAAAUAAUGAUAUUUUGUGGACGCCGAUUCUCCAGUCGAGGCUUUCAGACGCAUACAGUUGGUCGAGGAUGAGGAGGAGGAAGAGAAGUUCCUACUGAGCUGCCGUUUUAUCACAAUAUGGGAUGGAUAGUGCAUUCACGUGAAUGGGUUUGGACCCAGAGCUGAGAACACAAUCUUCUCUUGAUAUAGGAAAAUUUUGUUUAUUUUUCUUCUUUACCUGGGUGAAAUGUACUCUGAUGGAACAAACAUAAAACAUUGUUUUGCUAGGACAUUCCUAGCAAUGCUGUCUCUGAACUAUCAUUAACCUAAUAAUUAGGAUCUGCCAGUCUUUCAUGGGGCUCACUGGGAUUAAUUUAGCUCUACAGCCGGCAAAGGAGAAACUUCUGACAAAUUAAGUUGUUCUUAUUGCUCUGAAAGCACUAAAUGAGUGACAGUCUGUCGCAACUACAGAAAGAUGAACAACACUCUGCAAGACAGAAACAUGUUCACAGUACAAGCAGAUGUUAUAUUUCACGCUGCAAACCCUGACUCUCCAGAAUCACCUAUCCCCGCUGAAGGGAACAACAACAAUGUCCCGGCUAUGGGGAAAACAGGCAUCCCCAGCAUGGAAAUACUGCAGGAUCUCCAGGGUACGUGGAACACGUCAGAAUCAGGAGGUUUGACUGACAAUAGGAGUUUGGGACACUAUGGUGCUGUAACAGGUGCAGAGUAUGCACAAGACGCUGAAUCUAGCGACAGUGGAUUUCAAGAGCACAUUCAACCUCUGGACUCAACUAGAGCACAAAAUCUGGACCUCAGUUUGAGAAAUUUGAGUGAAGCUUCAAGUCAAGGGAAUAGUAGAGAAGAAACAAAUGGAACAAAGGUAUCUUGCAGUUUGGCACCCUCUCUGUGCUUCCAACCAGAGAACAAAGAGGAAACUGACAAAUUAUCCAAUGCCCUAAGAGAUGGACAGUUUGACAUUAAAAAUGUCUCCUCCACAGAAGACAGAAAUCAUUCCCGUUCAAGCUCCCAGGAAACGAGGUCAUUUGAAAAAACCCUGGGAUGCUUUAUAAGUUCCUCUGAAGGAGCAGAUCAGACCCGCAACAGAACAUCGUUUGGACAGACUGGGCUGGAAUCAAGCCAAGGGCUAAAGCAAAGUGGAUCUGCAGUAAGAGAAGCUCUCUCGGCAAAAGAAGAGCCAAAUUUAGUCAUAGAGGUGGGCGGACAGAAAAUACAAGCACACAAAUCAGUAUUAGCUGAGAAAAGUGAUUAUUUUAAAGCCAGGCUCUCUAGAGACAUCCUGAAGGUAAAAGGAAUGAGCUACAAGACCUUAUCAGUGCUUGUAGAUUAUGUUUACUCCUCCCAGAUGAACGUAAGCAAAGACAAUGUUGUGGAUGUCAUCACAGGGGCAAAGAUCCUGCAGAUGCCCUGUGCGGUACAGGCUGCUAUUGAUACCAUAUCCACACAGAUCAAACCUGAGAACUGCUACGAAAUCCUAACAAUCGCCAAAAAGCAGCGACUAAAUGAACUGAAAGAAACUGCCUAUCGAUUCAUGAGCGACAACUAUCUGCAGGUUUUGAGAGAUCCAGCUGUCUACGGGCGCCUGACAGGCUCAGAGAGAGAUCUCAUCCUGCGCAAACGGAUGGAGAGUCGCAAAUGUCUGAUGGUGGCGGAAAUUAACGAUGUGUUUGAACGUGUAGGAAGUAGACCGCCCAGCAGAAACAGCAGCCGUCCCCAGAGUCCCCUCUCCAUCACGUCUUUUGAGGACAAUCACAUGAUCUACUACUACAACAAGAGCAGUAAGGAUUGGCACACCCUGACUGUCAUGCCAGACGACAUCAACACCAGGGGCUGUGGUAUUUGUACCAUGUACAACUACUUGUUUGUCGCCGGCGGGAUCAGAGGGACUGGGGAGAAAAGCAAAGUCUCAGACAAAGUGUUCUGCUACAAUCCCAUUACGGACCGCUGGAGCGAAGUCCGAUCCAUGAACCAAGCACGAUCACAGCUCAAGCUUGUCUCCAUGGAUGGGAACCUGUACGCCAUUGGCGGUGAAUGUCUUUUCACAGUGGAGAAGUAUGACCCUCGAAUGGACCGCUGGACAGCAGUGGCCCCUCUACCUAAAGGGGCAUUUGCGGUGGCUCACGAAGCCACUACGUGUAACGGCGAGCUGUAUGUCUCGGGAGGGUCUCUGUUCUAUCGGUUGCUGAAAUAUGACCCCAAGAGAGAUGAAUGGCAGGAGUGUCCAUAUAACAACAGCAGGAAAAAAUCCACAGACAUGGUGGCUCUCAAGAGCUUCAUCUACCGAUUCGACGUUAACCGUGAACAGGGGAUCAGCGUCUUUAAAUACAACACCAUUGUGAAGAUGUGGCAUGAUUGUGCCUCCCAGCAGCAGGGCUGCACUUUGCCAUUUCGAUGCGCUGUCAUUGAUAAUUGCAUCUACUGUGUGAAUAAAUCUCAGACUCUUCAGUUUGUUGUUGAAGAGGAUGGAGGUCGAUUCAAAGAUGAGUCUCUAAAAGCACCUGUGGAGGCCAAAGGGAUCUUAUUCCCUUUCGUUCUCAGUUUGCCUGAGAGAGGUGGAAGAAUUGCAUGAGUAGGAUAUUUCAUCCCUCGGAUGACCCUUCGGAGUCGCUCUAGACCUUGAGAAAGAGAAUGCCUGGUCAAUAUUUAUAGAUUAAACAUUGUCUCCAGAGAAGUUCAAGGAGCCAGCGCGUAGUGCUUGAAACUGGAAUGUGUUUCUUUGCAUGGUAAGAAAAACAAAUGUAUGUUUGGCGCCUUAAAAUCACAGCCCUACUCCCAACUUUGGGAGACGAAGAAAGUCGUACAUUUAUAGCUCAUUUGUGCAGUCUUAUACUUCAUUUGUUUCAUGCGUUUUGUAUCGGAUAGUCAUUUAGGUUGAACUUUGCCACAGGAAUUUGCAAAAAACAAACAAAACUAAAACAUCCAUUUGUAUAAAAGCUAGUUGACACUGCACCAACAGAUGCCGACCAACGCAGACAUUCCACAACCAGACACACUCCAGUUAAACGUUCAGUCGAUGAACAGGAACAGGCAAUGACAGGGUAAUGCACUGAUCCAACUAAACCCAACAAAUGUUUCUGUUGCUGAUGGUCAGCAUCUGUUGUAUGGUGUGAAUUAGCCUUAAAAUGGCAAUGAAGAGCACAAAUGAACAACUGAAGCACAUGGUGUAAUAAUGCGACCCUGUUUUCUACCAACAGAUUCUAUGCAAAUAGAUUUUGAAGUAAAUAUGAAAAACAUUUUUUGAACCACAAUAAAAAAAGCUUAAUUCUAAAAUGUUACUACAGCCAGGGUCAAUAAAUAAAAAUCCUGAAGGAGAAGCCAUAACCUUUACUAACAUUAGAGUAACAUUAGGGAAACAUUAAGAGCACAAAGCACUUGACUUCUGUAACCGCUGCUACUCAGAUAUUACUGGAUCACACAGGUGUAAAAUUCAACCCUGUGCAUCUGCAUUACAGCACACUUGGUGGCUAUUUACAUCUGAGACCCUUCUGGGAGAUAUUUCAGCACUUUCAUUAAGGAAAGGCCAGAAGGCAAAAAAAAAAAAAAGUCUGUUCCUUAUUUCUGAAUCAUUGCCAAAGAUAACAGUUGAGAUUUUGCAGGCAGACAAACAUUAAGAUACAUCCUCACAAGCAAUAAUUUUCUGUAUGCAAUAUGUAUAAAUCAUUAAUGCUUUAGGAUUUACCCCCGGUUUCACAGACAAGGCUUAAGCCUAGUCCCAGACUAAAAGGUGUUUGAGCUGUUUUGACUGAAAGCAAAUUGCAGUGACAUAUCUUAAAAUAUGUCAGUGCCAUUGUUUUGUCUCGAGA